CUAGGAUGUAAAGGGAAAAAUGCACACCAAAUCUAGGAUGUAAAGGGAAAAAUGCACACCCUUUCGUGCACAUUGGUGAAAUAAAAUACGAGAUUCUUGUCCUUCAGACAUGUUUUCUUAGUUUUGAAAAAUGGAUGAUGCACUCAUAGUCGACGAAGAUGGAAAAGUCACGAACUUGGAAUGACUUGGAAUUUGUAAAAGACUUGCGAAAUGGAUUGAGAUUUCAGGAGUGGUGAUGCUGUGAUGCAUAAUGGAUUUUUCCAUCAAAGUUCAUUUAUUGUUAUUAGGAUUUCUAGACUACUUCUACACAAAUAGUGCAGAAAAACUAAGGUUUCUUUCUUUAUAUAUAUAAUCGAUAAAACAAAGGAAGCUUCUUAUGGAGGAGGAGAGAUAUUAGGGUUUUUUAUGGAAACGAUGAACAGGAUUGAAUAAUGAAGUUGUCCUCAAAGGAAUUAACCUCGAAAAACAUGAUUCUCUUGUUUGCUUCUUACUAGAACAAAACACAAAUCCUAUCAUCAUCACCAAGAACUAACUGUCAUCAUGAUUCCAAGUUCAAAGCAAGGAUUUAAAAAAUUAUUAACUUAAUUAGGGGCACUAGCUAGUGACAAAAUAAAUUAACUUUAUGAUGGAGAAGGGAGCUUUCUACACAAUGCGACAAAUUUAGGCAUAUGCCAUAAUCCAUGCGUAUACAAAGAAAAAAAAGCUACCAAAGGAAUAUUAAUUAAUCUAACAAAUAAGGACUCAUGGAUUGGUAAAAAUGCUUUUUAUGUAAUUCACUACCUACUCUUGAGACCUUCCCAAAUUGUACUAAUUCAUAUUAUAUGAGAAUGUAGUUGCAUGUUGAUAGUAAAAAGGAAGCUUCAAGUGACAGUUUAGGGACCACUUAAUUACCUCAAUUAAAUUACUUCAUAAAGUAUAGUAAUAUUACUGUUAAGCCUUGGAGGUAAGUUUAAUUAUCUUUGCAAGAAAUUUGCAUAUAUACUUGUAUAUCAUCUAUUUUCAUGGCGCCAAUAAUGCAGGGAUACUGGUUUCUUCCCAAGUAAUUAUGAGACCCUAAUUAGUUACUGUUUCAUGUAGGUUUCUUAAAUGUAUAUAACCCUUUGUUUCCGUAUAAGACAAUGGAGUUUAUAUUUAGGGAAUCGACAUGAGAUUUAUUAUGUUAUCUCUAGUGAACAUUAUCACCUAAAGCAAUACUAGAUUCAUUGUACACUUAACCUUUCUUAAUCCCAAUAAAAGAAAUCUAACUAGUACUAUAAUUUAAGUUUUUUUAGGCUGAACAAGAAAAAAUUAGGCAGGAUUCAACUAAUCUUGCUAGCUGAUGUGUGAAAAAACAAUGAUCACAUAAAUUUUUAACAUUAUUCAAAUCCUCAAAACUACACAAAGUCAUCUAAUCCGCCGCUUAAUCUCACCACUCUGCCUAAUUAUCCACUAAUUUUAUUUCAAAACCAACUAAUUAAUUUCUUCUUCUUCCUCUUCCUUCAAACCCUAAACCCUUGAGAUAUAUAUAACCAUCCAUACAUACUAAAAAUGACACAUCUCAAAAACAUCAUGUCCAAAUCUAGUUGCUUCUUCUGCAUAAUGAAGGAGCAAGACUCACCAAUCAGGAAAAGCAAAAUCCAAGAUUACCUAAAAGGGAUACCUUUUCUUGACAAUGAGCAACUCAUCUUGGUGGUGAGUGAGCUAUGGAGCCUCGCCAUGACCCGGCCCGACGACGAGGAGCUUCUCUCUCUAGGCCUCUUCCAAAGCAUGACAAUCUUGAUGAACAAAGCCAUCCAUGACAGAUCUUGGCUGCUCAAGCACCAAAACAUCUACAUCCCUUACUAUGCAGCUCACAUAGUGGGCUCCUACACCAUGAAAAGGGCUUAUUCGGCCGCGAGGGCUGUUGAUUCGGGCGUGGUGCAGCCGCUGCUGGGGCUCCUGAGAGGGGAGAUGAGCUGGGUGGAGCAGAGGGUGGCUGUUAGGGCACUAGGCCACCUUGCAAGCUAUGAGAAGACGUUCGAGGCUGUGGCAGUUUAUGAAGAGGAAGUUGUGGAGUUAGCCAUGAAUUUGGCUGUUUCUUGUUUGGAAAAGGUUUAUAAAGAGUUUGUGGGAGUGAAGGAUGGGAGGGGGAGGGUUAGGUAUCACUGCAACUUGCUCACUCGAGGCGAGGGAGGGGUGGAGAUGGAGGGGAGGAAGGCGGAGGAGUGGGCCAGCCAGCUUCAGUGUUGGAGCAUUCAUCUAUUGAAUUGCUUUGCUGUGAAGGAGAGGUGUUUGCAUCUCAUUUGCAAGAGGGAGUUUCUUGAGAAGCUUUGUGGAGUGUGGGGUGGACUGGCCAAUCAUGCGUCGCCAGGUGGCGUUGGGCUGAUCAGAAUCUUGUGCCACACUAGAGUUGGGAGGGAGAGCAUCUCAAGAUCCAAGAAUGUGAUUGAGAGUCUAUGCAAUGUUUCAAGAUCUUCAGAUGAAUGGCAGUAUAUGGGGAUUGAUUGCCUUCUCUUGCUUCUCAAGGAUGUCGAUUCGAGGCACAGUGUCAUUGAAUCUGCAGCAUUGUGCCUUGUGGAUUUGGUUGAGUUGAGGAUUCUUGGCAAUAGAAGGAGUUUGGGAGAUUCCAUCACAAGAACACUUUUGCAUGAGUACAAAAAACCCAAAAUCAAGAAUGGAGAUAUCAAUGUUCAAAGAUCACUAGAAAUGAUAUGGCUAUUAAAGGUUGAAAGGAAAAGGAGAGAGAAGUUGAUGUCAAGAGAGAGAAUUGAAGAGAGAAGGGUAAUGGUGAAGCUAAUCAAGCAACAAGGGAAUCACCAUUUCUUGGUGGGAAAUGUGGGAGAAGCCAUCUCUAAAUAUAGUGAGGCUCUUGAGAUAUGUCCUUUGAAGCAUAGGAAUGAGAGGAUGAUUGUGUAUAGCAAAAGGGCAAAUUGCCAUCUCUUUCUGAGGGACGGGGAUGCAGCCAUUAGUGAUGCAACGUGCGCGCUUUGCCUCUCGUCUCCUCCAAACUCCCACGGCAUAAGCCUCUGGAUUAGGGCACAGGCUUAUGACAUGAAAGGGAUGGCUAAGGAGAGCUUGAUGGAUUGCAUCGUCUUCAUGAACGUAUGCAUAAGUUCGGGGGGAGGUUCCGGGGGUAGGGUUUUGUAUUACGUUGUUCGUAUGAUCUACAAGCAGAUGGAGAAGACAUGGCUUUUUAGGGAAGCAAGGAUUAAGGUUAAGGAAGAGGUUGGAAUUCAAGAAAAGAAAUGCAAGAAUUAUGGAUCAGGCCUAUCGACGAUUAUGGAAGAGCCUUAUGUUGUGAGAGAUGGGAUUGGAAUAAAGAAGAUUGAGAGAGUGAUUAGUGGAAUAUCUAAUAAAACUGUUUAAGUAGGCUUUUUGCAUAAUUAGAUAGCCAAUGUGGUAUGUAACUAGCUUCUUUUUAUUAAAGAUUUUGCCCACU